AGGAAGCAUCGGCCCUCCGGUUCAUCUAGCUCUCGUCCCUCGAGCCAUCAGGUUGAAAGGAAUCAGUCUCCGUACGAGCAACAGGAUGAGGAGCAACCUAACUUCCGGUAUCCCACUGACGGUCUGCAUUUCCGUCUGCGCGUUGAUGGUCCUGCUCUUCGCUAGUAGCACCGCCUACGCUAAACGUGGUUGUUCGGCAUUUGGGCACUCCUGUUUCGGUGGCCAUGGCAAGAGGUUCGAUCCACAUUUACAGAAUGACGCGUUUCAAGAGAACGAUGCAACGACUAGCGACAAGAACCAAGAACUAGACACAAUGCGUUUAAACGAGUUCGCUGUACCCAUGCGAAAGUUUGAAGGUCAAGGGGAGAUACUUUUCCCCCAAUCGCGUCGAAAAGAUUCAUCGAGAUUCGACCCUUACACGUUAUCGUUCAUCGUUGGACAAUGGUUAACGUCGCAUCGCCGACUUCAUCAGCAGGACCCGGAUCUUAAUAACAAAUAAGCGGAUCAACGUUUCUGUUGCAUUUUGAAUUUAAAUUUAGACAAGACAUGUAAAAUUGAUAAAUGCAAAAUUGUAACGAAAUUCGUUUGUUGCUGUGUUGUAAUGUUUUCAUA